GCUGGCUUCGAAACUACGCUGCUCAGAAGAAUUGUUUUUCUCAGCUCUGUCAAGGCCUCUGAGCUCCUUACUGCAAGGAAGAGGACAGGGCCACUCUGAGCCAUGUCCAACGACCCUCCGCCACCCUACCCGGGAGGCCCCUCGGCACCACUGAUAGAAGAGAAGCACGGUCCACCCCCUGCAACAGAUGGCGUCGCCCCAGUGGUGGGACAGCCCCAGGGGGUUCCCAUCCCCCCUCCUGAAUUUCCCCCUCCCCCAUAUAAGCCACCCUCGCAGCCAGGGUUCGUGCCCCCCCACAUGCCUAUGGACAGCUCUGGGCCCUACGUGCCACCUGCAGGUUACUACCCCCCUCCAGGCCCUCAGCCCACCAUGGGCUACUACCCUGCCCCGGGACACUAUCCCUCUCCCAGUGGCCACACGGCGACAGUGCUCGUGCCAUCAGGGGCUGCCACCACGGUGACAGUGCUGCAGGGAGAGAUCUUCCAGGCUGCCCCCGUGCAGACGGUGUGUCCCCACUGCCAGCAAGCCAUCACCACCAAGAUCACCUAUGAGAUUGGGCUCAUGAGCUUCCUUCUUGGCUUCUUCUGCUGCUUCGUGGGGUGUGAUCUCUGCUGCUGCCUGAUCCCCUGCCUGUUUGAUGACUUCAAGGAUGUGACACACACGUGUCCCAACUGCAAGGCCUAUAUCUACACGUACAAGCGCAUGUGCUAACAGCGCCCCGGGAGCCUGAGCUGCUGGAAUGAUACCGGCCCCUCUCCCGUUGCCAUCCUCGUCUAUGCGUGUGCAACACUCCUUUGCUUAACCCUCCGGUGGUGUGUAUGUGUGUAUCCCCGGCUCCCUCCCGCUCAGAGCUGCGACCACCUUCCCCAAGCUCCAGUCCUCGCUGUGAAUGGUUGGACUGGUGAUGCUGGCAUGGGUGCACAGGGGAGGUUGGCCCAGGGCCCAGAUGCUGUGGCGGGGGUGGGGGGACCGCCCUG